CUCAUGCUUCUACAAAGCCCCAUUCACAAUAAAGCUUCUACUCUUAGCAUGCACCAAAAUCAUGCGCAAAAUGAGCAGACUCACUCUAAUCCAUGUUUUCUUGGCAUGGCUCCUGCUUGCAGCAGCUUCUCAGUACUCUUACUUCGCUAUCAGUGUCCAUGCUGUAGAAUCAGUCCAUUUCAGGCUCAGAAAAGGGCAGCAGCCUGGCUCAAGCUCGCACAAUGGAGAUGCCUUACCCAGUUGGGUUGAAGAAAAGAAGAUUCACAAGGCUCCAUCAGGACCAAACCCUAUGGGAAAUCACCGCCCGCCAUCCAGACGAUAAACAGAUGGGUGCACUUGUUCUGCUAACAUGAAUAAAACCAUGGGUUGCAGCAUAUUUCGAUAACUAAAAAAGGUCAGAUGUAUCCAUGUAGUUUGCAGAAACUGUUCUUUAAUCUUUAGGGUGUUGUGAUUGUACAACAGUGGAAAUAGUUGGGGGUGUAUUCUAAAAUGCCUUUCUUACUGAGC